CUGAAUUUCUAUCAAGCUCAAGCUAAAGCUCGAGCUCGUUUACACUCGUACUCCGUAAGUCUGUAUGAGUGAACUAACAGGCUAGCUUCUUCGUCCGUUUCUUCAUCAACAUCCGCUGUCGAUGUCCUGAAACAGAAUCAGAUUCCGAUCCGCCCAUCUUCUCGAGUGUCAAUCAUUUAAUUGUUAUCGAAAGAAUUAGUAUCCGGUAAAAACGACUGAAGAUAGAACCCCCAAAUUAUUCUGCUAAAGCUGUCAGUUUUUUUUCUCCAAUGAAUUCCUCUUCCAAUCUGCAUUUUCUUGUCGAUAUUCAUGCCAGCGCCAGACACAUCGGCGGCCCGUGCCAUUUGUAUGUCUAAAAGUUGUUAUUACGUAUUUUCAGUCAUGGAUUUUUUUUAUGAAAGAGCAUGUGUAUUACAAUGGUAGACUGUUGCGUGCGUUGAAGGGUUGAUUGAGUUCUUAUUCUUUUCCUAACAAAAAGGAUUGCUUUUGCGUACAUUAGUUUUCUUUCUGUUAGAACUUCAUUAUACUGUGAGGUUACCUGUUAUUUUUCUGGGAAGUCUUGCCGGCUGAUAUGGCUGAGGGGUUGGGUAUGAAAUUUCACAUAUUGUUUUGUCUUGCAAGAUUUGAUUUUUUGAUGUUUUUGCUUUGAUUAUUGUUGGGAAAUGAUAGUUUUGAAUCCAUCCCGUUAAGUCCUUGGUUUGUAGAGAUUCUCUUUGGAUAUAUUAUACUCGUUGCCUUGUUGGUGUUCAUCAUGAAGAAGAUUUUCUUACAAUGUUUCACCCGAGGGAUACCAGGUGAUGGAAGAUGUUUGUUCCGUUCCGUGGUUCAUGGGGCUUGUCUAAGAGAAGGACAGCCAUCUCCAGGCGAAAGCUAUGGAAGACAACUUGCUGAUGAGCUCAGAGCAAAAGUCGCAGAGGAGUUUAUCAAGAGGCGAGCAGAUUCUGAAUGGUUCGUGGAAGGAGAUUUUGAUACAUACGUAAGGCAGAUAAGACAGCCCCACAUAUGGGGAGGUGAACCUGAACUCCUCAUGUGCUCCCAUGUUCUACAGGCUCCUAUCACAGUGUUCAUGCGAGAUACGAAGACGAAUCGCCUUAAAGUCAUAGUAGAAUAUGGUCAAGAGUAUGGUGGGACUGAAAACCCUAUUUGUGUACUAUACAAUGGCUAUGGACACUAUGAUGCCCUCCAAAACCCUACUUUCCAAGUCCCAAAAACGCUCAAUGCGAAAAGAUUUUACCAAUAACACAUCUUAGGGGAGCCCAUGGAAGCCAGGAGAUUACUUUCCAUUAAAUUACUUUUGUGAUAACUUUAACUUUAUAACAGUGUUGUGUUAUUGUGUAAUAUACUAAUAUCUUCAAAACGAUAAAACAACAAUAAGAAAUGAAAACUUAUGUAC